UAAACAAAAUAAAAAUUAAAAUCUGCGCGACAGCUUUCGACUUGUCGUCUUCUCCAUCUCCCUUCUUCGUCAUCACAAUUUUUUUAUUCGACUCCAGGAGGUCUCUUUUUGGGCAUCUGAUCAGACGACAUUUCUCCGGUGAAUUUACGUGAUAAUUAGGUCAGAAGGUGAGAGCAGGGAAGAGAUGAAUUGGAUUCAACGCAAAAUUUAUCUAUACAACGUUACCUUUGGGCUCUAUAUGCUCGAUUGGUGGGAACGUCUUCUCUUCAAUACGCUUGUGCUCGUGUUGAUGUGGUUUGUUUGCUAUAAUGGAUUCCGCUAUACAUCAGAUUUCUGCAGAAGGGUACUACAUUGAGAAGUCAUCAAAUGAUGGAACCUCAAAUCCGGACACUAUGUCUGAGCUCAGUCACGCCAUAUGCCAUUUCUCCUUGGCAAUCGCUUCUGCAUAGAUGGUAAAUUCCUAGACAUUCUUUAUUGUUCGUCCCCGUGACGGCGAAAAUUGUGUAUGAACAAAACUAAUGUAGCUUUGCUCAGCACCCUCUACUAUGCCUUUUUUUUUUUU